AUGGAUCUUGACAUAGCUGAUUUCGAACCAUGGCAGAUGUGGUUUGAUGGGUCAAAAGCUAAUGGUCUAGUAGGGAUUGGUAUUGUAAUCAAAUCACUACAAGGGGCAAAAACUAGGCAUGGUUUUAGAAUUGAUGAAACCACUCGUUCCGAUGAUUACGCUGAGUACGAAGCUUUGGUUAUGGGACUUGAAAUACUUAUUAGUUUACAAGCUCAUGUAGUUGACAUAUUUGGAAAUUCUCAAUUGGUAAUUAAUCAAGUAAAAGGAGUCUUUAAAUGUCCAAGUGUAAGCCUAUUACCAUACUAUGUUGUUGUUGUACAUUUGCUCUCCCAAUUCCAAGUGGCAAAUGCAACUUACAUUCCAAGAUUCAUGAAUGACAAGGCCAAUGAUGUGGCUCAGAAGGGUUCGAAUUUCAAAAGAGGGGAUAAUACUCAAAUAGAUAUGAGUCAAGCAACAUAUCAGAAGCUAAUACAACCUUUAGCAGGAUGGGGUAUAUUGGUAGAGGCUAAUCAAAGUCACUUGGAAGAAGAAGAUUGGAGACAUCCAAUCAUUUAG